GAAAAAAUUAGAAGAUCGGGCGAGGGACCCUCUAGAAAGGAUAAGAUUGUUAAUAAUGUGGAGUAUGAAGAUGAUCACAUCGCAGAGAUGAUUAACGAAGCAGAGUUUGAAUCUCAAGUUCAUCCUGAAACAUUUCAAACUAUGUUAGAAGAUGCUGAAAAGCCGAUUUACCCUAAUUGUACUAGGUUUACUAAAUUAUCGACGCUUAUUAGGCUAUACAAUUUGAAAGCAAAACACGGGUGGAGUGAUAAGAGUUUGACAGAGUUACUAGCUUUCUUAGGAGAAUUAUUACCCGAAGGUAAUGAGGUGCCUUUGUCUUUCUAUGAGGCAAAAAAGACAUUGUGUUCGUUAGGCUUGCAAUAUGAAAAGAUACAUGCAUGUCCUAACGAUUGCAUCCUAUAUCGAAAGAGAUUUGUGGAUGAGGUAUCAUGUCCAACGUGCGGUGAGUCCAGGUGGCAAAAGAAAAAGAAUUCUAAUGAGGUAAAGAAGGGUGUUCCUGCAAAAGUAUUGUGGUACUUACCACCCAUACCUCGUUUGGUUCGGUUUUUUCGAAAUGCCGACCAUGCUAAAAAUUUGACUUGGCAUGCCAGUGAUAGAGUGAAAGAUGGUAUGAUGAGACAUCCAGCUGACUCUCCCGCUUGGAAAACAAUUGAUGCUAGAUGGCCUGAUUUUGCCAAUGAGCCUAGGAAUAUCCGUCUUGGUCUCUCUGCAGACGGUAUCAAUCCACAUACUUCCCUUAGCAGUAAGUAUAGUUGUUGGCCAAUCUUGCUUGUGAUAUAUAAUUUGCCGCCGUGGCUUGUUAUGAAGAGAAAGUUCACUAUGUUGACAUUGAUGAUAUCAGGCCCUUCACAACCUGGCAAUGAUAUUGAUGUAUACUUAGCUCCUCUUAUUGAUGAUUUAAGUAAAUUGUGGUAUGACGGUGUUAAUGCAUAUGAUGCCUAUAGGAAUGAAGCAUUCAAUCUUAGGGCCAUGUUAUUGUGGACAAUCAAUGAUUUUCCUGCUUUCGGGAAUCUUUCUGGCUACAGUGUGAAAGGUUAUAAUGCAUGUCCUAUCUGUGAAGAGAAAACAUGCUCUCGCUAUUUAACACAUUCGAGAAAAAUUUGUUAUAUGGGACACCGAAAGUUUUUGCCACCCGAACAUGUAUUUCGGACCUGGAAAAAGGCAUUUGACGGUAAGCAAGAAUUUGAAAUGCCUCCCCCACCUUUAAGCGGAAGACAAUUGGUAGAAAAAUUGAAUAAAAUUCAAUUCAAUCUUGGAAAGCGAAAGUCAAAAUCGAAGAAAAGAAAAGGAGGUAAGGGUGUCACAAAUGAACCUCAGGGACCGUGGAAGAAAAAAUCAAUAUUUUUUGAGCUUGAGUAUUGGGAGCAUUUGGUUUUACGUCACAAUUUAGAUGUGAUGCAUAUUGAGAAAAAUGUCUCAGAUAGCUUAAUUAAUACCUUGUUUAAUAUUCCUGGUCGGAGUAAAGAUGGAAUUAAAUCCCGUCUAGAUUUGAAAGAGAUGGGGAUUAGAGGAAAUUUACAUCCAGAAAUUAUUGGUAAACGAACUUUUUUACCACCGGCGUGUUAUGCCCUGACUAAGGAAGAAAAACGAUCUUUCUGUACGUCAUUGUCUCACGUUAAAGUACCCGAAGGGUAUUCUUCAAAUAUCUCCAAUUUGGUAGAUAUGGACAAAUUAAUUUUGUCCGGACUGAAGUCUCACGAUCAUCAUAUACUGAUGCAACAUAUUCUGCCGGUGAGUAUCCGUUCUGUUUUACCUAAGAAAGUUCGCUAUGCCAUCACCAGGUUAUGUUUAUUCUUCAAAUCUCUUUGUUGCAAAGUGGUAGAUGUGUCAAAGUUGGAAAAUCUCCGAUUAGAAAUUGUUGAAGUGUUGUGUUAUUUAGAACAAUUUUUUCCUCCAUCCUUUUUUGACAUAAUGAUCCACUUAACUGUUCAUCUGGUGAGAGAGGUAAAAAUGUGUGGGCCAGUGUAUUUGAGAUGGAUGUACCCAAUGGAACGGUACAUGAAAAUCCUAAAGGGUUAUGUAAGAAACAGAAGCAGGCCAGAGGGUUCAAUUGUUGAAUCCUACAUCGUUGAAGAGGCUGUAGAAUUUUGUUCAGACUUCUUGUCAAAUGUAGCAACUGUUGGGUCGUGUCUUCCUAGAUUUGAUAAUGAAAUUAGUAAAGGGGGUCGGGGUGUUUCUGUUUGCGACGUAAGUCGAGCUGAUCGAGAGGAAGCACACCGACUCGUUUUGCAAAAUGUUGAUGAGGUUCAACCGUACAUUGAGAAACAUUUUGAUUGGAUCAAGACUACUUAUCCUAGUAAGUCGAGGAACCACAAAUGGGUGCAAGAUGAACAUUAUCGAAAUUUUAGUACAUGGUUGAAAGAAAAGGUGAUUGUGGAAAUGAGUGACUCCCCGAACAAUGUAUCUCAGUUGCUACUUUCGAUAUCGCAUUUUCCUUCAUUUACUGUACUAAAGUAUCAAUCAUACUACAUAAAUAGUACUCAAUUUAACACGAAAGAUCGUGAUGCUUCUAGAAAAACACAAAAUAGUGGUGUCAUGAUUGUUGCUAGUGCUAUCCAAGUAGCUAGUUCAAAAGACAAAAACCCUAUUGAAUGUGAUAUGACCUUUUAUGGUGUAAUCAAAGAAAUUUGGGAAUUAGAUUACAUUAGCUUUCGAAUCCCUGUUUUUCUUUGUGAUUGGGUGAGGAGUGAUAAUGGAGUUAAAGAAGAUGAGUUUGGAUUCAAGCUAGUGGACUUGAAUCGAGUAGGACACAAGUCUGAUCGAUUUAUAAUGGCAUCCCAGGCAAAACAAGUAUUUUAUAUGAGUGACCCAAUAGAUGGUCGCUGGUCAGUUGUUCUAACAACACAACCAAAAGAUUAUGAUUACCAAGAGUCUGGUGGAGAUUUAUAUCUCAAUGAUAAAACUUUUGAAAUCAAUCCACCACCAAUUGAUGUCGCCGUUCGGGACGAAAUCAUUUCUUCUCGGGAAGACGGUGAAGGAUUAUGGAUUGAGUAAACUAUCAAUCUAUAAAUAUUGGUACAUUGACUAUGGAUGACCCCGGUGACUAUGAUGAUGAUUUUGCCCUUUGGGGACAAUCCAUUGGUGGUGAAUCUGAAUCUGAUCCAGCUGCACCAGAACUGGAACCUGACCCUGAUUCACAACCAAAGAAGAAAAAUGGUAGGGGGGCAUAUAAGGGUCUGAAGCAUAUAAAGAAUAGGAGUGAAGGAAUACUUCUCGAAGUCGAGUACAACCAAUGGGGCCAGUGCAUUGGGGACACUGCAAAUGAACUGGUUAGCCAGAUUGGCUUGUAUGCAAGAUGAAAUCUUCCACUGGCAUACAAUGAUUUGAGAAAAGUUCCAAUGGAAUUUAAAAAUCUAUUAUGGGAGUACAUCAAGUCAAUGUUCAAGUUAGGCCCAGAAGCUAAGCAUUCUACCUUAAAAACUGCUGGACGAAGAUGGAAAGACUGGAAAGCAUUCCUAACAAGGAACCUAAUUUUCAAAUACAAAGAUAAAGUUCCAGCAAUGCUCGAUCGUCCUCCAGAUGCUUAUGCUUCAUGUUACAAGCCCGAAGAUUGGAAAGAAUUUGUUGCCAAAAGAUGUAGUCCCGAAUGGGCAAAAAAGAGAAAGAAAAUGCAAGAUAUCAGGAGUCAAAAUACAUACAAUCACCAUGCGGGCCGAGGUGGUGUUAAGAAAGUUGAAGAAAAGUUGGAGAAAGAGUUGGGCCACCAGCUUACUAUAUAUGACAGGGCAGACUUGUGGAUUAGAAUACACACGAACAAAAACGGCGAGCUCGAUGGCCCUGCUCAGGAGGUCGCUGACCGGAUUGCUGAGAUACGAAAGCAAGUUGAGGAGGGGACAAUAUUAGUAGAAGGCUCAAAAGACAUACUCACUCUAGCCUUGGGAACAGAAGAGCAUGGAGGACGUGUUAGAGGAAUGGGGG